GGGGGUGGGGCUCGUCUCUCGCCCAACUUUGAAAUGGAAGCAGUAGGUGCUAUCUCGGAGCUCGCCCAGAGCCUACGUGGUUGUGAGCUGAGGCGAAUCACACGAUCUGACUUUGAGACGACAGUAAGGAAGCAUUUGAGCGGCUCACACGCUGACCAGCAGAUAGCACAGCUCUGGGACAAGGUGAGUCGUUCUGUCACUGCAAGGUGGCUUAUUAUAACGAAAGCCAAGGGCUUAUCUUGUGCAGGAUUAUGCGGAGGAAGGGGAACCAUAGGCCAAGGAGAGCUGUGCUCGUUCCUCUUGCGAGAGAUGCAGCAGAGGGAGUCCACGGCCAGAGCUCACCUCACUCUCCCCCUCCCUCACCUCCCCACCUUCUCUAGCAUGCCCAACACCAAGGACACUGUGUGUGCAGUGCUGGGUCUUUCAACUCCUCCACAGUAUCUGACAGUCAGUAAGGAUGGGAGCAUAUGUACAUGGAGCACAAGGUUUCACCUGCAACAAAGUGUAUCUAUUGGUGGUGGACACGGUUCUGUGAGAGGGAGACAGGGCCAUGGAAUGUGUAUCACAUCAUGUGUGAUGAUAGGCGGCACACUAGUACUAGCCACAACUGGCAGAGACCUCUUGUUCUAUGACACUGUCUCGUUAUCCUGCCUACAUAAAUUCCAGAAACUACCCUUUGUUCCUCUCUGUCUUACCUAUGGGGUUGAAGAUGAAAAAUAUGCCACAUCUCCUGGACACUUGGUAUGGGGUGAUGAAAGUGGCUGUGUAGGAAUUCUCUCAUUUGCCGAGCCUCACAAGUCAUUCUUUCGAUCACGACUUGUUACAUUCAAUGGGGUGACAGAUCAGGCUCCACUAGUGAGAAUCCGAUAUGAGAAGGCUCACUCUGACUGGGUGUGUCAGGUGGGCUGGACUGGACCCGCCCAUUACGUCAUCUCAGCUGCACAGAGUUCUUCUCCUUCACUGCUCAUUCAGCAUGUCUCUGCUCAUCGCAAAAAAUACAUCUUCAAAAUCAGAAUGGGAGUGAGCUGCUUUGACUACAGUCAUCGUCUGGAGGUGGUGGCAACAGGCAGUCUGGACCACAUUGUGAGACUGUGGACACCAUUCUCACCUCAUCAGCCAGUGGCCUCUCUCUCCAGCCACACCACAGGCAUUGUAGGUGUGGCUAUUGAUGAAAGAUCAACUAUGAGCUACGUGCACAUCACCUUACUGCAGUUUCUGUGUGUAUGGGACAUCAGAGAGCAUCAUCUGCUGCAGACUGUGUCGGUCAAGUUCCCUUUCACCCAGCGACAGCCCGACUUUGGUCCCUCUCCUCUCCUUACCCUCCCACUCCCCUCUCCCACACUCAACAUUUCUUGUAAUGAAUACAUGGCCAGGUUUACUCUCAAUGAAGCUGCUGGGUUAGAAGGAGAAAAAGUGGACACUGGUCACACACACCCAGUUUGUGCAGUUUUCUUUAUACCUCACUUUGAUCAGCUGGUGAGUGGAUGUGAGGGAGGAGAAGUGAGAGUAUGGGACAUUAGUUCCAGAAGGACCUGUAUGAAGGUAGAGGGCUGUCACAGAGACCAAGAGCUGACAGCACUGGCAGUAGACACUGAGGGAGGUCGUAUCCUGACUGGGUCACGUUUCGGAGCCAUCAAGGUCUGGGACAGUCUGACGGGGCAGAACCUGCAGAGUCUGGAGACCCCUGGAGCCACUGAAGUUGUCAGCAUACUGCACCACCCAGAGAUGAGGAGGUUCCUUGCCACUGGCUGGAAUAGACAGAUAUCUGUCUUUGAAGACAAGAAACUUCAGCUAAGUCCAGAGCCAGCCUGGGCUGGUGGAACCCCACACUGCGAUGACAUAAUCACCAUGGACUACUGUUCUCCCUACUACCUUGCCACUGGCAGUUUUGAUGGUCUCACUGUUGUAUGGAACACCGACACUGAACGGAUUGUGGCUCAAUUCAGAUCACAAUUAAAGAGAAGAGACCAGAUUCUCACAUCUGCCACUCUGAAGUCUCCUACAUCACAACAUCCACCCUCUGCUACCAAUUCUCUCUCAACAUCAUCCAGACCAGCCAGUAGGAGGCUUUCAUCAUACAGACUCAAGUCUGCAAGCCGUUCCCACUUACACCACGUUCCUGUUGACAAACUUCUGUUCUUGAAAACACGUGUGAAGUCUAAGGCAAGAGGCCAAAGUACACUAGUGACCAGCGAAGGAGGACACGCAUUCUUCUGGGACAUGUUCAGUUCUGGUCCUCCACUUGGUUUGUGUCCUCCCUACGUAUAUUAAGCUACUGUGGUAGAUACGCUUCUUCUCUCUAUAGGUCAUUCCAAAUGACUGAGAAGGAGGGAGAAGAGUGGUGAUGGCAAUGGCAAUAGAUGACAACUGCGGUGGCUGCUGGCAGGAGACACUGCUGGCUAUCUCCACCUCUUCACAUUGAACACUACUGCACCCACCAACACCACACCAGAUGAAGGAAAGGUGGAGGCUGAGCUGAGUGUGGGAGGCCCAUUCCAGUGAGGCCAUGAGUGUGUGUGGGUGGAUCCGGACUCGUCGUCUCAGGUUCGGCUGACCACUCACUGAGAUGUGGACUACUGAUGGCCAGUGUGUUGGCUGCUUUGGACAGCCACCAGGGGCAUCAGCGAGCAGUACUCUCUCCUGCAAAUCUCCUCACAAAACCCCAAUGCCACUGAUGAUGCUUCAACAGAGGUAGUGAAAGAAGUGUGACGACCAUAAAAUUGUCCAAGUGGAAAAGAGAUUUUUCCAGUGAGAUGGCACAGGAGAAGGUCCUGAGUAAGGACUACCAGGUGGGUAGUUAGACAGAGAUGGUGAGACUGGAGAGGAGAACUCAGUUCUCUACAGUUGACACAGCUGCAGCUCUCGUAUCCCGGCCCAGUUCUCCCCAUUCAGGCCUGCAUGUACAAGAUAUUGCUGAUAUUGAGAUACCUACAGACAUUGAUACAGCUCUAACAACUCCAUGACCAAAGAGAGACUACCUGUAGCCAGACACAUUCAAUAUGUUUGGUCUAUAAAGACAAUACCCAAGAUAUGCCAUUAUUUCUUUGAUAGUUUGGCCGUGUGUAUAAAGAGCUGAUUUGAGCUGGUGACGCACCAUGCACUAUGACACAAUGAACCUACACUUUGCACUGUAAAUUUAUGGGGAAAAGAAAGGCCUGAGAUAGCAGUCUCUGCCUUUGUUAGUUAUGAGAGAGAAGAGUCGGUUUUGCCAUGGAGACAGUGAAUUAAACAACAUAAUGAGGAUGCUGACACGGCCCCAACACACACAACCCCUAUAUUGU